AUAGUGUCAAGAUUGGGUUACGUUUUCAACAAAAAAAUCAUACAGUGAAAUCUAUGAAGAAAUAUUCUAGAAAUAAAAAUCAUGCAUGUUAAUUGAAUCAAUAUUAUACCUUUUUCGAGGCAAAACAAAUGGUCAUAGAUCGGAGCCCCCCUUUGUACAGACUUUAAAGAUCAAAAUUGAAACUUUUCGGAUCUUGAGGCAGAGGUGUAGAAGUCUGGAUCUUUCAUCGGAGACCACCUCGCCAUUUACCAAAAAAAAUUGAUUUACAAUCGGAAAUGAGGAGCGAAGAAGAGAUAGAAGCAGAGGUCGUGUGAGACACGUGGGCGGCGGAAAUGUAGGAUGCCUUACGAACUAAGAAGAAGAAGAAGAACAAGGAGAAACAUGUCUGAGUAUUUGCCUCCUGAAUCCAGCCCCCCUACAAAGAAGAAGAAGGAGAUGCUUUCCUAUUUGCCUCCGGAAGUCAUCACGCUCAUCCUCAGCAGACUCCCCGUGGAAUCGGCGGUGAAAUGCACCGCCGUCUGCAAGGCCUGGUAUGCUCUCAUCAAAGAUCCUUCUUUCAUUCCCACUCAUCUGCAACAGGCCGUGUCUCUUCAGGAAGGCGAUCUUCUCCAUCACGGAUUCAUCUUCUUUCAUAUGUGCUGGGACAAUGGCGCUUUUGUAGGGUAUAAGAAGCUCCGCUUACCCUUCAAGAGCGGGGGUUUUAAAUAUUUUGGGACUUGUAAUGGCCUGAUUUGUCUAGUAAAUGUCUAUCCAUUUCCUUGGGAUGUAAUUCUCUGGAACCCUUGUAUUCGUAGACAUUUUAUUUUGCCCAAGCCUGAUUUGCCCCAUGGGACGAUUCGUCGCGCUACACUUGGUUUCGGGUUUGAUUCAUUAUCUGAUGACUACAAGGCCCUCCUUCUGGUUGUGUUUCAUAAGGAUGGACAGGAUUCGAUUGAGGCUUGGUUGUUCUCAUUAAAUAAGUGUUCUUGGCGGAGGAUUACUGAAGUUUCCCCUAAGCAUAGGUGUUGUUCUGGAGUUAGGCAGAUGGCUUUUGUAAAUGGUGCUUUGCAUUGGCAUGGUUUCUUGAAUUAUGACGCUCUUUCACAUGUGAUUUUCGCUUUUGAUCUAAGCACAGAGAAGUUUCACGUGAUGAGUUAUCCCAAUACUUCAGUUCAUUUUCAUCCCCACAUCUCUGUGAUUAAAUAUGAAGAAUCCAUCGCCGUGAUUAUCCCUGCUAGCCAUAAUUACAAUCGAGUUGAUUUGUGGGUCAUGAAGGAGUACAGUGUAAACAGUUCAUGGACAAAUGUGUUACAUCCAACUGGGGAAGGCAGAGAGUUAGUUAUUGACACAGCAGGCUUGAUGGAUGUAUAUGGGGUUCGCAAGAAUGGAGAACUUUUAGUGAAUGUGACUCGGGAGCAUGGUCGUGGGUGCGAACUAGCUACACUGGAUUUGAACUGCCACCAAAAUGAGCAACGGCUAAAGCGACUUGGAAUCAGAACCCAGCAUGGUGAUUCGUAUGUUGGAAGCUUCGUGGAGAGCCUGGUGUUAUUUGACAAAGGGGAACAAGAUACUAAGGGGCAGAAACGAAAAAACAGAAAACCAAAAAAAAGAUACUAAGGGGCAUUUGGAGUGAAAGCGUAAUGCCAUUAGCCAGUACAGAAGUUGGGUUUAUCGGAGAAUUAUGCAAUUGGAGUGGUGAUUCCAUGCACCUAAGGUCCACGCCUA